ACACGCACCCACCCGGGCUAGGGAAGCAGCCUGCGGAGGACGGCGAGGAAGGCGCAGGAGGAGGCUCAGGAGCGCCGUCCCGCCGGGAACGCCCGCCGCCACCUCUCCCCUCGCUCCCGUGCCGCGUCGCGCCGCUGGGACAGCGAGCGGCUCCCGCUGUUGCCCGGCGGCCGCCCCCGGCCCUGCCCCUGCCCCGGCGCUCGCCGCCACCCGCGGGCGGGGGCGGAGGGCGGGGGGAGGUCCCGGCGCGGAGCCGAGCGCCGCCAGCCCGGCUGGCCCCGCACACGCUCGCACUCCGCACAGCCCGCCCGGCCGCCCGCCCAUGGCUGACAGGAGCCUGAUCGAGGGCGCCGAGCCCCUGCCGCGCCGGGAGGAGCCUCCGGAGUGGGGCUACGAGGAAGGAGUGGAGUGGGGGCUGAUUUUCCCCGAUGCUAACGGGGAGUACCAGUCGCCCAUUAACUUGAACUCAAGAGAAGCUAAAUAUGACCCCUCGCUCCUGGAAGUGCGUUUGUCACCGAACUACGUGGUGUGUCGUGACUGCGAAGUGAUCAACGACGGGCAUUCGAUUCAGAUUGCCCUGAAGUCAAAAUCAGUGUUAAUAGGGGGGCCGUUACCUCGGGGACACGAGUUUGAACUGCACGAUGUUCGAUUUCACUGGGGGAGAGAAAACCAGCGUGGUUCUGAACACACAGUUAAUUUUAAGGCCUUUCCCAUGGAGCUUCAUCUAAUGCACUGGAACUCCACACUGUACAGCAGCAUUGAUGAGGCAGUAGGGAAGAAGCACGGCAUAGCUAUUAUUGCUUUGUUUGUGCAGAUAGGAAAAGAGCAUGUGGGCCUAAAGGCUGUAACUGAAAUUCUUCAGGACAUCCAGUACAAGGGAAAGUCCAAAACAAUACCCUGUUUUAAUCCCAACUCUUUAUUGCCAGAUCCUCUUCUGCGUGACUACUGGGUGUAUGAGGGCUCUCUGACCAUCCCACCCUGCAGUGAAGGUGUCACCUGGAUAUUAUUUCGCUAUCCUUUGACCGUGUCCCAAGUGCAGAUAGAGGAAUUUCGAAGACUGAGGACUCAUGUUAAAGGUGCUGAACUUUUAGAGGGCUCUGAUGGAAUCCUAGGAGAUAACUUCAGACCAACUCAGCCACUUAGUGAUAGAGUCAUCAGGGCUGCAUUUCAGUAGCAGAGGAGGAAGAACAAUGAUGAAUCUUCAGUCAGAGAGGGGGAAGACAAUGCUCCCACAGUGCCCACAGAUGAGAAAUGGAAACUUUUGAGACUGCUGCUUCAGUUGAACCACAAAGCCUGUAUUGUUUGUCUUCAUCUAAUUCAGCCUUGAUAGACAGCUGUGACAGUUGGUCUGUCCACAUGGUCCAGUGAAAUUCUGGGAAUGAGCUGUACAUUAAAAGAAGAAAACAUAUUAAAUCUUCCAAUUCACACUGUUAACUAUUUUUUAAUUGUUGUUAUCGUUGCUUUUAAAGCUACUUUGGCAUGGCAUUCAAUAGUCAUUUGUGAUCCAAAUAGUACUGAUUUUAAGCUUGGUAUGAAUGCUAAUAUGUAGAAAUACCCAUUAUUGUUUUGAAUGUUAGAUUUGCGUUUAUUCCAUAUCAUCUCUUGUGCUGUCAGUAACCAUAAUUUCUGUAGAGGGGAGAUGCAUUCUACAAAGGUAAUAAAAACAUUGUUUGUUCACGAAGAGUA